UCCCCAUCAAGUGUUUGAGCCACUUCAUCUGCCUGUUGCCUGGUUGCAUGAUAUUCUUUCAGUACCCUGGACUUCUACCUUGGGACCGCUAUGUCCAGCUGAUGUCAAUUCGCCCCAGGUAAGACACUCUUUGGAUGGACUGACCGUCUCUCUGCAUCCCCUCCUCAAUCACCCACCAUGGAGGAACUCCAGAGAAAACUGAAUCAACACUAUGAAGGCACCAAGCCCAGAAAGGUGAGGUUCAAGCUGGCCUCGUCCUACAGCGGUCGGGUGCUGAAGCACGUGUAUGAGGACGGUCAGGAGCUGGACAGUCCGGAGGAGAAAUACCCUCACAGCUUCGUCCACCGCAAGAUCCCUCCCAGCCACUUGGAGGUGGAGCAGCUCUGUGGGUUUGAGGAUGCUCAUGGGGACCAACCGGGUGUCUGUCCUCCAACGGGGCUCAUUGCCCAGAGAAUAAACGUGUACAGAGGAAUGGGAAGCUACAAGCCUGCUGCAGGCCAGACUGAGGAAGCAGAGGGAGAUGCUAAAUCCUCAGUGUUGGACUUUGGCAAGAUCAUCAUCUACACCAGCAAUUUGCGGAUCAUCAGAGCACCUCAGAGGAAGCCUGAAGCGUCAAGGCACAACACGGUGCCUCCUGUGGACUUGGAGGGAUACCCAAAGGCCAGGGAGAGGGGGAGCAGGAGGAGGGCUAAAGCUCUUUGUGCCCAGGACGGGGAGGAGAAGGAGGAGAAACAGAUCAGCAACACAGAGACCAAGGAGGCCGACAGCUGCCAGCAUUGUCGCGGUUCGGGCUGCGCUCCCUGCUCUCUGUGUCACGGCAGCAAGCUGUCCAUGCUGGCCAACCGCUUCAAUGAGUCCAUCAGUGAUCUGCGUUGCCAGGCCUGCUACCCCCAUGGUCUGGAGAAGUGCCAGUCCUGCUCUAGCAAAUAGCACUGUUUGGCUGACACCAAUGUCUGGCUGAGAGAGAGAGAGAGGGAGUGAGUGAGUGAGUUAGGGAGUGAAUGAGAGCGUGUAGCUGUGAGCGAGUGUAUGCCCGGUGUGCUAUGGGUUUGUCACAAUUAUCUCAGCAGCAAUAUUGCUCUAAUCCAAAGUGUUCUUGGUGGGGUGUUCCGAGGCACUACUAGGAAACAUAAGCCAUCAUUGGAAAGGGGAAUUAUGAACUGUGCAGCGGGCACAAAAUUAUAAAAUACAAUUACUGUGUGCAGUGAACAUGGUUUGCGAUAACACAAACACAUAAUCACUUUUGUGUUGUCACAUUAUUUCACAUCUGCGCCCUUGUCCCUGAUAAAACCGGCACGACAGUUAUCAGUUUUAUUAAAAUGAUGCAAACAUUUUGCUUUUUAUUUUGAUCUACUGGGAAUGCUGGCCUGUUCAUAUCUUCCCUCUAUUCACCAGAGAGAAUAAAACAUUUUAUAUUCCAACACGGUGUACUGUUAGAUGGUAACAGAUGCUUUAUUUUUCCAAAAUGGAGUGAAAAAGAGACUCAGCGAUAAACAGUUUAAGAUGGAAAGAGAGAAUAAAAAUUACAGCCAGAAUGGAAGAUGAGUGAGUGAUUCAAAAGGAGACAAUUGCAUAAAUGGACACAAACAAAAUAACUUGUUUGAUUGAAGUUCAUUCCAACCAGUAAGUGUGAAAUGCACCCCUGCUUUAAGGAGGUUGAUAUGAUGACACAAUAGCAGUCUUUAGCAUUUUGAGUUUUUAACUAUUAGUGUUAGUGAGAAAAUAAAUUACACACUUUUUAAAACCAUAUUUUAAAUACAAAAUGUUGACUUUGGCUGGAGUAUCACUUAAAUACACUAUGAUAUAAAGAUAAAAAGAAAAG